ACGAGCGCGCCAAGGCUUUUGAAUGGUGCCUUCAGAUAGCUGGGGCGGCAGAACACCGCCAACCUUAGCCUCAUUAUGCCUCGAUGAGCCUGGGCAACAACCGCAGACCACCACGGGGGGGCCCCCGAUAGAUGGCCUAACGGGGUCCCAGGUAAAAGUCCACGGCAAGGAACUCCGAAUGGGACAUUGAACGAGGAGGGUGAAAAGAAAAAUGAUCGUGGGAAACAAAGGACGUGAAAUCAAAAUCCGGGUCAGAGUCAGAAUCUGAGAGAAGAUCAAAUAAAUUAUGAAGAGAUGAGCGGUCUAUUUAACUCUUUCAGUGCCAUUGAUGACAAUGACAGAUGUCCGAUCAUGUGGCUGAAAUUCAUGCUCAUAGGAGUCCUAACUGAUACCGUUGAAGCAUGAGAUCCCUCAGACGCAGUAUAAGCUCUCCUCAGCCUGACCAUGGCUUGUCCCAUAAAAAUAUGAUGAACCUUUAAAAUGGAGCGCUGACUCCCAUUGAACAUGAGCUUGAAUGUUAUUAAUUCUUUCUUCAACACAGCCACAUCUCAAAUUCUAAGAGGGUGCAUACUCGUUUAUAGGUGGAAAAUGAACAUCUGACACGAAGGAACGCAGACAUCGCGAGGAAGGCAAGACAACUGAAAAAGCAAGGUAAAAUACAACACACAUGGGUAACAAACUGUAAGAUCUACGUUAAGCUGAACGGGACACCAGAGGAAGCCAAGGUACUGAUCGUGAAGAGCAUGGAAGAUCUAGACAAGUACAACUGACAGCAUGCACUGAGAAUAUCAAUCAUAUAACAUGGACAGGUUGAAGUCAAUCUUCCAUCACAAACAAAUGGAACUGGAAACAUAUAGUGAGUACAACACAGCAGAUCAAGAUAUCUCUAUAGACCCUGAAUACAAUUUUUUUUCUUCCUUUGUUAUAAAUUGUAAUUAUUUUUCUUACGAACAAUAUGGAACAAAUAUCAAAACAAAGGGCAAGCUGUCAAUAAUACAUUUCAAUAGUAGAAGUAUGUAUACGAAUUUUGGGUCCAUUAAGGAAUACUUGGAACAAUUCUCUUGCCAAUUUAGUGUUAUUGCCAUAUCUGAAACCUGGCUUAACAUUGACAAAGGUAUAAAUUUUUGGUUGGAUGGAUAUGAAUUCAGAUAUAUGAACAGACAGAACAAACUGGGGGGUGGGGUAGCCUUAUUUAUACACAAGUCUAUACAAUUUAAUGUUGUAACGCAUAUGACCUUAGCUGUUGAUGGAAUAUUUGAAUGUCUAACGAUUGAGAUAAAAAAUGAAAAACAGAAAAAUGUUAUAAUCAGUUGCAUAUAUCGGACACCUAGUUCAAGUAUUGAUAACUUCAAUUGUUGGGUAGAGAAAUUGUUUUCUUCUGUGAAUCAAAAACGGUUAUUCAUUUGCGGGGAUUUUAAUAUUGACAUAUUAAAUCCAACCAAACUCAAAAGCAUUGAUGAUUUCACUGACACAAUGUAUAGUUCAUCUUUAUACCCAACAAUAACAAAACCAAGUAGAAUAACAUCACACAGUGCCACUCUUAUAGAUAAUAUAUUUACCAAUGUCAUGGAUGGUCAGGUCAAUAGUGGCCUGAUUUUAUGUGACAUAACUGACCACUUACCGGUUUUUGCCAUAUAUGAUUGUGAUCUUCAGAUAAAAAAAGAUACAGUGGUUACUAUAGCCAAGCGAAUAUUAAAUGAAGAAACAAUAAAUGCCUUCAAUUACAGUCUUGCACAGCAAGACUGGAGCCCGGUUUAUAGUGAAUCCAAUGCGGAUCGUGCCUACGAUACUUUUCUAGAUAUAUUCACCUUCUUAUACAACAAACAUUGUCCUGUUAAAGAAUAUUGUAUCAAGGAAAAAAAGACAAAAAGUCCUUGGCUCACAAAAGGAAUUAUGAAUGCUUGCAAAAAGAAAAAUAAUUUAUAUAAACAGUUCAUCAAAGCAAAACAAAAGAGGCGGAACAGAGAUAUAAAACAUACAAAAAUAAGUUGACGGACAUCAUUAGAACAAGUAAACAAGUGUACUAUAAAAAAAGAUUACAUGCUAAUAAAAAUAAUAUGAAAGCAACUUGGGAUACACUAAAUCAUUUAAUUAAACAAGGAUCUCCAGCUCGAUCAUAUCCUGAUUAUUUUACCGAUGGAUAUGGGAACAUCCAUAACAUGAAUGAUAUCGUUGAUGGUUUUAAUAAAUUUUUUACAAAUGUUGGCCCUCAGUUGGCUGCUGAAAUUCCAUGCCAUACUGUUAAUAACUGUCACAAAACGAUUAUAAGAAAUCCAUCUUCGAUGUUCCUCACAUGUACAGACGACAAGGAAAUUAUUAAUAUUGUGUUAAAAUGUAAAAGUAAGUCAUCUGUGGAUUAUCAUGAUAUUAACAUGUUAGUAGUAAAAAAGAUUAUAUUUUCCAUUGUAAAGCCCUUAACAUAUUUCUGUAAUUUAUCACUUCAGUCUGGUUGUUUUCCUCAAAAAAUGAAAAUUGCUAGAGUAAUACCAUUAUUCAAGAGCAACGAUAAACACAAUUUCACAAAUUAUAGACCAAUCUCUCUAUUGCCACAAUUUUCAAAAAUUUUAGAAAAACUUUUUAAUUCUAGACUUGAAAAGUUCAUAGAGAAACAUCAAAUACUAAAUGCAGGACAAUAUGGGUUUAGAACGCAUAGAACUACUUCAAUGGCAAUAAUUGAGGCAGUAGAGGGAAUUACUAAUGCACUUGACCAGAAUAAAUAUGCGGUUGGGAUUUUUGUUGACCUCAAGAAAGCUUUUGACACAUUAAAUCAUUCAAUCUUACUUGAAAAAUUAGAAAAAUAUGGUAUUCGCGGGGUAGCUGGGGACUGGGUGAAAAGUUAUUUAACAGGCAGGGAGCAAUAUGUCAACAUCGGCUCUUAUUCAUCAAAUAAACUAGGUAUUUCAUGUGGGGUUCCACAGGGGUCAGUGUUGGGGCCUAAACUUUUCUCUUUGUAUAUAAAUGAUAUAUUUAAUGUAUCCCAAGUUAUAAAACUCAUUCUCUUCGCAGAUGAUACAAAUAUUUUUUACAGUAGUGAUAGUUACAUUGAACUUGUAACUACCGUGAACAGGGAACUAAACUUGAUUAAAGAAUGGAUGGAUAUAAAUAAAUUAUCAUUGAAUAUAAGUAAAACUAAAGCAAUGGUUUUUGGGAAUGCAAAAAUUGAUACAGAACCAACAUUUAGUAUUGAAGGUAUACAAAUUGAAAAUGUUAGUGAGAAUAAAUUUUUGGGAGUUAUAAUUGAUGACAAACUGUCUUGGAGACCCCACAUCAGACAUAUAAAAACCAAAAUUUCAAGAAGCCUUUCAAUUUUGAACAAAGUUAAAAUAUAUCUUGAUCACAAUGCACUCCGUAUUCUGUACUGUACCUUGAUUCUCCCAUAUCUUACGUACUGUGUGGAAGUGUGGGGGAAUACCUAUCGCAAUACGACAAAUCCUUUAGUCAUAGUACAGAAACGAGCAGUUCGCAUCAUUCAUAAGACUGGAUUUCUGGAUCACACCCAUGAACUAUUUCUUCAAUCUAAAUUGCUUAAAUUUCAAGACCUAGUCGAUUACAACACUUCCAUAAUUCUAUAUAAAGCUUUCAACAACACAUUACCCGCAAAGUUACAAACACAUUUCACCAUUCGUGAAAGAGCUCACAAUUUAAGAGCUUACGGGGAGUUCGUACUUCCUAGAUUUAGAACGACUCAUAAGAGCUUCUGUGUGUCUGUAAGAGGAGUUAAAUUAUGGAACAAUCUGAGUUCAUCACUAAGAGAGUGUAAAAAUAUUCACAUAUUUAAAUUUCAUUAUAAACAAUUAAUUUGGUCUAAGUAUAUUCAGGAAGGGUCU